AUGCCGGGUGCAAUCGUUAAAGGCCGUCGUCAGCCACCAUGGUAUAGUGUUCGCAUUCUCGAAGAGGAGAGACCCGAUUUAGCGGAUGUCAACGGCAAGAUCAACCUUGAGAAGCACGAAGCCACUCUGAUGGAUAUGUUUAUUAGAAAAAAGAGCGACCUACAAACCGGCGAUCUUAUUGUCACAGAUGAUAACUUGGAUGAGGAAGAUAGGAAAUUUAAUCGUUACGAAGUGCAGCUGAAGUACAAUGAAGGACGGUACACGGCUCUUUAUUUGAUAUCGCGGCAAAUUUGUGCGAACAACGAAACUGUAGAAAAGAAUACUUUAUUCGCAAUGAAAACUAGCAUAAGACCGUAUAGUGUAAACAUCGUAUUGAGGAUGAAGCGUGAACUACGCAUAUUAAAUGAGUUGAAAAAGAACAAGUGUCCAUAUUCACCUGUGGUUCUAGAUAGCGGACGCGUUGCCGAUUUGCCCUUUAUAGAGAAUACUGCUUUAAAUCCUCAAGUUUAUAGUCCUCAAUAG